AUGAGAGGGUUUAAAAAAUUUUUUGCUAAAAAGGAUAAAGACCCUAAAGAAGCCGAUCCAGAAGGAAAUCAAGCUGCUCAAGUUCAAGAUGGAUACGUUGUUAUGGAGAGCUCAAAUCUCUAUAAUUUAUCUACUUCAGACCUCUGCGAAAUAAUUUAUAAAUUUGAUAAUGAAGUCAAGCUUCUAAAUUCUCAAAACACAGUGCUGACCGAACAGCUCUCAACGUCGAAAAAAGACCUCACAAAUGUUCAAGACCAAACAAAGUGCUAUAAGGAACACAUAGAAGCCUUAGAGCUCGAGCUAACAAAAGUUAAAGCUGACUUGGCCAAUACACAAAAUUUGUUUGAGCAAAAAGGAACAGAAAUUCAAUUACUUAAGGAGCAUCUAAAUUCUAAGGAUGAGCUGGUUAGCAAUUAUAAAAAACAAAAUGAAGAUUUGCAAGAUCAAAUUUCAGCAUUGAGAUCAGAAAUUGCUAUGAGACCUGAGAGCAGUGGAAACUGUUGUGUGGAUAAAGAAGUAGAAAUCAAAAAUCUAAAAGCAGAAAUAAAUAAGCUCAGAGCAAAUAUAUUGGAAAAUAAUAAACUGGGCCAAGAAAUUCAAGAAUUGAAACUUGCGAAUAGAAUGCUUGAUUCAGAAAACCAAAAAAAUAUAGCGGCUCCACGCUUUUAGCCUCCUCUUGUCCUGAUGUCUCCCGAGACAAUCAGGGGGCUCCCCCAACAUAAGUUAGUGAAGCUGCCUCGGGAGACAUCGAGCCAAAGGCAGGCUAAAAGUGUGGAGACGCUAUAUUUUGCAACUUGAAAAUCAAGUAAAUCAAAACAAAAAUCUAAACGAAAAAAUCUUCAGCUUAGAAAAACUUCAUCAGGAAGGUGAAAUAGAAAAUCACAAAAAAACUAUUGAAAUUGAAUCAAUUAAAAGAGAAAAUGCUAGGUUGAUGUUCCAAAGAGACUCAUCAGAAACUGAAAUAAGAUCACUUAACUCCCCCCCCCAUCCUUGAUCGAACGACUCGCCAUCGUUCGAUCAAGGAUGGGGGUUUAAAAAAAUUUUAUAUAUAAAAUUUUAUAUAUAAAAUUUUAUAUAUAUAUAUAAAUUGUUUUUUUAUUUACUUUUAAAUAAAGAGGGUUAAGAGUAUUUAAUAAUUAUUUUUACAGCAAAAAAUUGAAUUAAUUUCAUAAAAAAUACCAAUUUUUUAUAUUUUGAUUUAUUAGUUACCCCUUUAAACUGUAUAAAUUUUAAAUUUGUUACUUAUUAAAUUAAAUUUGUUUUUAAAAAUUUUAAAAAAUCUCUAUUUUAUUAGAUUAUUGAGUUUUUAAGCCCGUGUUGAUGACUAAAUUACUUUGAAUGGCUGAUUCCGAAGCUUUCUAUCGUCUCAAAGUCUCUGAAAACAACUUCAUUAGGUGCAUCUUCCCAAGCUUUUGAUAACUAUUAUAUUUUUAUAUAUAUAAAAAUUUACAUGAUAUGAAAAUCGUUCGAUCAAGGAUGGGGGUUAAUUUCCCCAAUUUUUAGGGAUUUUUACAGUCAAUCGUUCGAUCAAGGAUGGGGGGAGAGUAAGGACAAUCUCGAACAAAAAGAAAAAGCACUACAGAAAAAGCAAGCUAAAAUUGAAGAGCUUCAAGAAAAACUUGCUCAAAAAUCCCGGGAAUAUUCAGCCGCUGAAUAUACAUUAGAAACCCAAAAAAAAGAAAGUAUUGAUUUAAACGGAAAAUUAUUAAAAAAAAUAAGCGAAAUAGAGAGCUCUUACAAAGAAAGUCUUGAAAAUGCUGACAUUCAAAUUCGAAACUUGAAAUCACAAUUAGAAGGGAUAAAGGAAACAAGCACAGGCAACAAUGCAAAAUUAUUCAGUGUUGAAAGUGAAAAUAAAGAUUUUCAAGAAAAAUUGAAAAAUUACCAAGAAGAAUGCGCAUCUUACCAAGCCAAAGUUCUGGAAUUAGAAGUAGAAAAUAAAAAAAUUUCUGAUAAGUUGAACAAAUCAAACCAAAAGAGAGACCUCGCCAGAAAAGAAAUAAUAAAAUUAUCACAGAAACUAGACCAAAAAUCUGAGGGUAAUAGUAGCUCUUUUUCCCACAACCCUGAAGACGCUCUCAAUGUUAGUGUUAAAAGCAUUACACCCCCAGAAUUUCACAUCAUAGAGGUAUUCAAAUCAGAAUUAGAAAAUCUAUACAAACUUCUUAUGAAAAUGAUGAUGGAGGGAAAUCAACUUUCAAAAAAAGGAGAAACGAUUUACACAAUUAAUUCUGCUGACUUUUCUACGUUUGAAAGAAAAUUAAAUGAUAUUGUCAUGCAGAUUCACGAAACUAUGGAUAUUUAUGAAGCUUCAUCACAUAAUCGCCCAUCAUCUGAACGAUCAUGGUCUUCAAUGCUAAAUGGGGCAAUUUCAAGGAUCACUAAAGGGGUUGGAGACCGAGGGCCGUCAAAAAUGUUUUCUUGUAUGUCGAAUCAAGAAGACCCGAAUGAGAAUCUUGUUUUAAGACCUCAGCCAAACAGAAAGCAGCCAGUCCGAGGCAUGCGCAGAGACCAAGUUAGGAACCAUAAAAGUUUUGCUAAUGAUUAUCAAUCAGGUGGCUUAUAA